AUUUUUCAAAACACAAUACUCUAUUGAAAUUCAGCUUGAAACAAAGUCUUAUAUUUUAUGUGGCAAAGCAAAAUCGUUCUAAGUCAAGAUGGCUCCCGAAAGAGUUUUUCGUUAACGUUUUUUGGGAGUGUAGGAGCAAUCCAUCUUUGGUAACAUCUGACAUCAUAACAUUAGUUUCGGUAUUAUAAUACCGAAACUAAUGGUUAUGAACAUUUACCGAAACCAAUGGGAAACGUUUCUGUUAGUACGUGAGCACAUUUGUGCUUUUUCAUUACGUCAUUAUUGUCUAUUCAUUUAUUUUACUCGCAUUAGCUGGAUACAGAGAACCUGAAUUACAGAAUAACCGCCUUGUUGCUAAAUUUGCGAUUGGUACAAGAAAAAAAAUCGAAAAUCUUUUUGCCGUUGCCAAAUGGACACGACUCUCUGGUAUUAUCUGCAUUGGAUUGUGGAGCGUUCAAAAAUCCACCAGAACAUGUAGCAGCAUUAUUUAAGACCGUUAUUGAGCAAUAUGCCGGUUAUUUUAAACAAAUUGUGUUUGCUAUUAUCGAUGAUCAUAAUACCGGCAAUGUAAUUAAUCCAGUGGGUAACUAUAGCCCAUUUAAACAAACGUUAAACGAUAUGACUGUACUGCCUCCAUCACAUUAUUCCAUAAAUAUGACAAUUGGUCCAUGCAUAAUUAUUGACAAAAAGAACAACGAUCAACUGAUGAUCGAUGAUUUUAUUUUAGGAAAACAAGUACCAUGUAAUCAUUGGGCCAUUUGUAGAAAUAUUAGGCAUCUACAACAUUGUCGUACCUAUUCACACCCAUCAUUAUGUCUUUUGGGUAAAACUUGUAAACAAUUAACGGAUGGUGUCCAUAUAAAUUUUUUCAUAGAUCGACAAGAUUGUCCAUUAAGUAGAGAAUGUGGUGAUCAAAAUGACAAACAUUUAUUUGAAUUUGAACAUCCGGAUUUUUGCGAUGAGGAAGCUAAUUGUAUCGAUAUGAAACCUGUUCAUUUACAGAAAUAUCGUCAUUUGCCACUCUGUGAACAGGGUCCAAACUGUCGUGAUCAUUUAGCAAAAAUACAGGAACAUUGCACUAGAUUUCGACACAAUAAAAUUAAUUGUCCGUAUGGUGGAAACUGUUUCAACUAUCAGGAUGAAAAACAUAUUAAUAACGAAAACCAUCCAUUCAUACAGCCUUGUUCACUAACACCAUUUUCACGUCAACAGUACUCCAAAUACCUACAGAAAGAUCAAACACAAGAUCAUGAUGAAUUACAAGCAUUAGAAGAACAUUGUCUUAGAUAUUCACAUGUUUGUCCAUGGGGCAGAAAUUGCAAGGAUACAAGUGUCCAACAUUUGCAUUCAUCUAUCCAUACUGCACGAAAAAUGUGUCCAAAACCAUUCGAGCAAUGUACAUUAUCUACCGACGAAGAUCAUCUCAAUUUCUGUUCACAUUCAAAUGUACGUGAUAUACGAUUAGCAUGUCAUAAUUCAAAAUAUAUCUGUAAUGGCAGUUACGAUAAACAGCAUCUAAUAAAAUAUCGACAUAAUACAUCCUCUAAUAUAUCUUCUGUAGCCAGAUCUAUUGCACAACAUACUCAUGUACGACAAAUCCUCGAUCCAUAUGGCCCAGUUGUUCAUAAUCAUGUCAAAGAUUAUAUACAAGCAAUUAACACAACUACUGUUCAAACCAAAAAUACAAAGAAAUGUAAAUUAAAUGGUGAUGAUAAUACAGAUGAACAUUUGGUCUAUACAAUGCAAAUGAAAGAAAAGAUUUUAAAAGAGUUAAAGAUCAAACCCAAUGAAAUCGCUGAAAUAUAUUUGUAUGUUAUGGAGAUAAUAAAAGCAUCAAUAGAACUGAAGACAAAUCCGACGGGUAUUGGAUAUGUAGUUGAUGUAAGUAUGGGCACAAACAACCAUAUAUUUGCUGUUUUGGGUCCCCAAACUGGUUAUUACUAUGGUGACAUUUGUAUUGUAUUGAAACGAGAAUUGAUGUUACAUCCGGAUGCCAACUAUACCGUACAAGCAGCAACAACAUUUGGUGAGAAAGGUAAUGCCUAUAAAUUUCGGCAGUGGCUCCGAGAUCCUGGAUCGGCACAAGCAAGAAUUAACCAGUUUCAUUCAUCAAAAUUACAUUGUUUUAUAGCUGGUUGUGAUUACGCUGCAGCAUUAGAAUUAAUGGCUUUAACCGGUUUAAACAAAUGGAUGUCAAUUUAG